CGAAUCUCAGCGCUCCACGAAACCGAAGCCCUAAUUGAGAUGAGAUUCGAGGGUUAACGGAGUCACAAACUGGCGGGAAAAGUCAAGGAGCCUCAUCACCGGUCACCACUCUCUCUUCGAAAUCCGAGAUUGCUCAGCAGUUACUCUCUCUCUCUCUGCGCGCUGCGUCGAAGUCAAAGGCGAAAUUCGAACGACGAACCCUCGUAGUCGCGGCAGGAGGGACUCACUGGCCAGAGCUGCAUUGACGAUUUCCAUAUCCUGGGCGUUUCCUUCCGUCAAGUUUGAAACAGCACACAGCACAGCAGGAUGGCAAGUGCUGUUGAAGAUUUAUCUCAAUUUGAUAUCUCAGAAGAGGAGAAGAACAAGCUUGUUGCAGAAGUGAUUCGUUAUGUUCUCUUUAAAACCCACCAGAAUUCUGGAUGUCCAAUUAAGAGGGAUGAGCUCACUCAACUAGUUACUAAAAACUAUCGUCAAAGGUCUCUCCCUGCUUUUGUGAUCAAUGAGGCCAGAUCAAAGCUCUCAAACAUUUUUGGGUAUGAAAUGAGGGAGCUUCAACGUUCUCGCCCUUCAUCAACAAAUCAGGGUCGUCCUUCACAACAGAGUAGUGUUACCGAUGCAAAGUCAUAUAUUAUCAUAAGCCAGCUACCUGCUAAUAUCUACGGAAAAUAUGUUGAAGAUAUGAAUACAUCACAUGUGACUGGUUUUACGUUUGCUGUCAUUAGUAUUGUACAUCUUGCAGGAGGGAAAAUUGCUGAAGAAAAUCUUUGGCAUCAUUUAAGGCGGUUGGGAUUGUUUGCAAGUAAUGAAAACCAUCCAGUUCUUGGAAAUAUUAAGGAGGCAUUGGAAGCACUUGUCCAGCAAAGAUAUCUGCAGAAGGAUAAAAUUCAUGGCCCCGAAGGUAAUACCUUGUUUUAUGAGCUUGCUGAGAGAGCUUUAGAUGCAACAGUUGGAGACAGAACUAAGGAAUAUAUAUCAAAGAUUGUGCAGAAAGAUGUCACCUCCACAGAUGUUGACUAGUGUCCUGCUGCUAACUCAAUGGAGGCUUGUUUAUGCAUCUUGCUAUAAAUUUAAGUCCAAGGAAGCAGAUGAAGAUGAGAUAUUUUGUUUUCCCAUAUGCAGGCCAGUUAAGAUUACAAAAUCACUGCUAUUUGUUUAUGAAGGUUGAUGGACAAUGGGGUGCUUUCUUUUGGUGAUUCUUCUGAGCAGAAGUGAUGAAUCUAUGGUUCAAAUGCUGAUAAGCCCACUUUGGUAAGUUUUUAUAGGAUUUUCUGGUGGAAUUAAUGUUAUCCAUUUUGUAAUGGGGGUGUGGUUUCUUUUUUAAAACUGAUGAUAAUACUCAAUGACUUGUAUUUAUGACGUUAUUUAGAGUUAAAUGUAUAACGUAAAGGGUAGUUCUUAGAGUUAAAUGUGUAUGUAAAGGGUAGUUCUUAGUUAAAAGAGCUUUCAU